AUGAAGGUCAUUAUUGUUAUGAAGGGUUGUGAAUUUUCCAUAGAUGUAAGACCCCAAGAACACAUUCUUGAAAUUAAAAACAAAAUUCAACACUCUCAUGGCAUCCCAGUUUCUUCACAAACCCUAACAGUUUGUGACUGGGAAUUAAUCGACGGCCUCGAUUUGGACGAUUAUCCUCUCAUUUCCGAAGGUACGAAAAUCUACCUUUCUGCUAAACAUACCCCACUUGCCUUGCAACAACACGACUGUAAAGUCAAAAUCACCGUGAAAUUCACGGCCCGAAAAGUCGACAUAGAAGUGGAUAAAACCGACACUGUUCGUAGCUUAAAGGAGAAAAUUCAUAUUGUUGAUGGCACCCCCAUUAAGAGAAUGACAUUGUUCUUCUCAGGCAGCGAAAUGGAAGAUGAAUAUCGAAGCCUAACCGAAUAUGGGAUUGCGGAAUUUUCGGAGAUUAUUGUUUUCUUGAAGAACAUGUCACGGGUGGUGGCCGAGCCUCCUUCCCGGAGGCUCGAUUUGGUGGUUCAAACUUCGUCGAGUUUGCUUAAUGCAGCAAAAAUUCCAGUCGAAAUGAAUGAUACAAAUACUGUUAAUGAGGUUGGAAAGUUGUUGCAAGAGAGGAAUAUACUUCCUUGUGAUGAUUAUAUAUUCAUUCACAAACAGAGACUCAUGCGUGAUAAUUGUAGCCUAAGGUGGCAUGGUGUUCAAAAUGGGGAUUACCUCUAUAUUUUCAAAGGAACUGUUAACCGCUGUGGAUGA